AUGAUACGUUGUUCAGUACGAGCUUGUCGACGAUGGUAUCACCCUAGUUGUCUUCGUAAACCACCUUUUGCUGUUGUAGUCCGAGAAGGACGUUCUGGUUCAUUCACUUGUCCUGCACAUACUUGCUUAGCUUGUUCAGCUGAAACACCUGGCACUAUGCCACGACCUUCUCCUCAUUUCAUUCGUUGUGUUAUGUGUCCUGCUGCUUAUCAUCCAGGAGACUGGUGUUUACCAGCUGGCAGUAAAGAAAUUGCUCCUAAUUUAAUAAUCUGUCCACGGCAUGCAUUACAAGAUGAAUGCAAAUUGUAUACUUCACCCCCGAAUAUCCAACUUAAAUUACCAUCAUCAGGGCUGUUGAAUAUGUUUCGACCAACUAACGUAUCCUGGUGUUUUAUCUGUUCUAAAGGUGGACGUAUUAUUUGUUGUGAAAAUUGUCCAGCUUCAUUUCAUGAAGAAUGUCUUAAAAUUGACGAGGUCCCUGAUAAAUUUAUUUGUGAAGACUGUACAAACGGACGCAUGUUACGUUACGGCGAGAUUGUAUGGGCUCGUCUACCACCAAGUUUGCAGCUCUACCAUCAGCGCUCUUUAAAAUUGUCUGGUGUAUAUAAUUCACAUCGUCUAUCUCCGUUUAAUUUAUCAGGAACAAUCCGUCCUAAUGAUUAUGCGUCACUUACUGCUGGUAUGUAUUGGUGGCCAGGAGAAUUAGUACAUCCAAGACAUUUACAAACAAGUCAAUGUCAUGUACAAUCUGAAAAUAAAGCUGUUACAAUUAAUUUUCAACCAACAACUAGCCCAACAUCACAUUCAUUUAACCAUAUACUUGGUUCAGUGCUUGUUCGAUUAUUUGGUUUAACUGGUCGCCUGUCUCAUCGACAUUCACGUCCUGUUUAUUUAUGGACCACACGUGCUAGAUUAUUUCCAUAUGAAGAAGGUGAUGAUAAACGUGGAUCUCACAGUACUAGCUCCGAUGAUGAUGACUCUACAGAACCAGAAAGAGAAGGGGAUGUUACUCAUAAAAAAUACCACACAAAACAGCGUCCUAAUCGUAACCGUCGUCAUAAUGACUGUGACGAUGAUGACGGAGAAGAUGAAGAUCCUUUGUUGGAAUUAAAUUCAAGCAAUUUACUUAUUGAAGAAAACAAUAAUAAUAAUAGUAAAAGUAUUAAUACAAGUUGUAAUGAAAGCAGUAAUCCAAUGGAAUCUCCCACUGGAUCAAUUUACAAGUCAUCCAGUCGUUUAUCUCGUAAUUUAUGCUUAAGACCACGUGCAAAUAACUGUUUAAAUGAUGAAAAUUCUGUCAAUUCAACACCAAAUCCACGUACACCACCGUCUGUAGUUAGACGAAAAAAAUUUAUAUACAAUGCUGCAUUAAAGCAAGCUGCUCGUGGUUAUCUUAAAAGACAUGAAAAGUUCUCUGAACUUCUGGGUAGAACACGACGUCCAGAUUAUUAUAAACCAAUAAAGGUAAAUUGGCCACUUGGCUCUGUUCGAGUUUAUCGUCUUACAGAUUCAAGUGAAGCUCCUCGUUGUGAGUGUAAACCAAAUUCAGAAGACCCUUGUGGACCAUCUAGUAACUGUAUUAAUCGUGAAUUGCACUAUGAAUGUUUACCUAGUAUAUGCCCAAAUGGUGAUGCUUGUCGUAAUCAACGUUUUACAAAACGUCUUUAUCCUCCUCAACGACCUUUCUGGACUGGUGAUCAACGAGGUUGGGGAUUAAAGACUAUGAUAGCGAUUCGUGCCGGUGAAUUUGUCAAUGAAUAUAUUGGUGAUUUAAUUGAUGAAGAUGAAGCUAAUCGGCGUUUAAGAUUUGCUCAUGAAAAUAAUAUUACUAAUUAUUAUAUGAUGAAAUUAGAUAGUCAACGUAUUAUUGAUGCUGGACCGAAAGGUAAUUUAAGCCGUUUUAUGAAUCAUUCAUGUGAUCCAAAUCUGAAUACACAAAAAUGGACUGUUAAUGGAGAUAAUAGAAUUGGUUUAUUUGCUGUCAGAGAUAUAUCUGCUGGUGAAGAGUUAACAUUCAACUAUAAUUUUGUUGCAUUGGGUCAAGAACGUUUGAAUUGUCGAUGUGGUGCGUCAAAUUGUGUUGGUUUUCUUGGUGCACGUUCAGAAUCAUCGAGUAAUAAUAAUGGUAGUGGACAAGUUGGCGGUAACUCAUCUUCUAAUUUUGGUGAAUCAAAUAAUCCAUCAAAUGCUUUAAUUAACACAGAUAUUAGCCGUGGAUCAUCUAAACGUCAUACCGUUCAAACAAAUCCACGCUCCAACGAUAUUGAUAAGUGUCAUAUGAAAGAUGGACGUGAUAUAUGUUCUAGUAAAGUUUAUAAUCAUAAUCUAUCUACUACUUCACUGAUGAACAAUAACAAAAACGGUGCGACCAAUGUGAAUAGUCCCUUGAAUAUGAAUAGACGUCACGAAACUAAAUGUUUCCGAUGUGGUGAAAAAGACGCUCCUAUUGGAAAGCGACCACUAUCAUUAUUCAGUGAAACAUUGAUUCUAACGAAUUCUUCACACACUAAUACUACUAUUGUACCAUCAUCUUCAUUGUCAUCGAAUAAAUCUCUAAGUAAACGUGGACUAAAGCGUGAACUAGAAGAUUUAGUUGCAUCAGUUGUGAAUCAUUCACCAAGCAAAAGUCAACAUGGACUCAGUUCGCCUACAUUAAUCAGUCGAAACGAAACACAAUCAUCGGUUUUUAUUAGUACUACUAAUGCUACGACCACUGAAGAUCAAACAUCGUACAAGUCACCUGAUCUUAUUUUAUGCAGUAAACACGAUUGUUCUAAAGCUUAUCAUUUAUUCUGCCUAGAUUUAGAUACACCACCUCAAGGUCAGUGGUUUUGUCCCUGGCAUCAUUGUGACGCAUGUGGUCGUCCUUCUCAUAUUUUCUGUUCCAUAUGUCCAUCUUCAUUUUGUCUGGCCCAUGUUGAAGGUAGUAUUGUUGUUCUGCCUCCAGUUCUACCAAAACGCAAUCGUAAACUAUCUAACAAUCGACCUGAAAAUAAUGUUGUUGACCCUAUAGAAAAUAGGAAACUCUACUCUCUUCUUGCUCGAAUCGUUUGUAUGUUUCACCAUGACCUGAUAAACAAUGUCCACGAUCGACCUGUAGUAAAGAAAAAGAAGCUUAAUCCAUUAGUGUCAUCAACGUCGAGUAAAUCUGAUAAGUGUGAGAAAAAUGUUUGUACUGAAAUACUACAAGAAGAUCAUUUGGAUGGUAGUAAUAGUUACUCUUCAGGAUUGAUGAUGACAAGACGUCAAAGCCUUUUGCGUCAGUCAACAAUGUCCCAAGCUGAACAUUCCAAUAAUAUUAGUACGCCUAAUAACAACGAUAGUAAUAAUUCGACUAGUUCGUGUGGUUUAGAAACAACAAAACAAAAUGACUGUCUUUCAAAUUGUGUAAGCACAACACCAAAUCGAACUAUUGAGACCAACUAGAGGUUGGUAGAUUAACUUCAUUUUAAUGUCUUUUUGUAUAUGUAUAACUGUAUUACUUAUUUUUUUAAUCCAAAUAAUAAAGCUUGUUGUUUAUAAUUCCCUGAUUUG